UCUGAGCCAUGAUAGAAGAUUUCCCAAAACUUAGGGUCUACAGGAAGGGCAGACGGGAACAAGAGUAGGAGGGCUGUACACUUAUAUUAAAACAACAAGAAUUUAUCGAAGGGCAGCAAUGCAGUCGCUACUUAAUGCGAUCUGUGUGUCAUUCCUUUACUUUACAGUCUGUGCGACGGCUGCGGACAAAAGGACCUUAGAUCCAGGGAACCUGCUGGUCAUCACCGUUGCCACUGAGGAGACUGAUGGUUUCAACAGGUUCGUGAGAACUGCCCGGCAGUUCAACUACACCAUGAAGGUUCUGGGCCUGGGUGAGGAAUGGAAAGGUGGAGACGUGGCCCGUACUGUCGGCGGGGGGCAGAAAGUACGCUGGUUGAAGAAGGAGCUUCAGCGGUACAGCGACAGGGAGGACCUGGUCAUCCUCUUUGUGGACAGCUAUGAUGUAAUCCUGGCCAGUGGCCCCCAGGAGCUGCUCUGGAAGUUCUCCCGGAUGGGUCACCGCGUGGUCUUCUCCGCAGAGGGCUUCUGCUGGCCCGACCAGAGGCUGGCAUCCAAGUACCCGCCCGUCCACACGGGGAAGCGCUACCUUAACUCUGGAGGCUUCAUAGGUUAUGCCCCCGAUCUCAGCGCCAUCGUGCAGCAGUGGAAGUACAAGGACAAUGACGACGACCAGCUAUUCUACACCAGGAUCUAUCUGGACCCGGCUCACCGGAAAAAUUUCAAUAUGACGUUGGACCAUCGCUCGCGCAUCUUUCAGAACCUCAACGGGGCCCUCGAGGAGGUGGUUCUGAAAUUCGAGAAGGAGCGCGUCCGGGCCCGGAACGUGGCCUAUGACACACUCCCUGUCAUCAUACAUGGCAACGGACCCACCAAGCUGCAGCUGAACUACCUCGGGAACUACGUGCCCACGGCCUGGACGUACGAGGCGGGUUGCGGCGUCUGUGACGACGAUCUUCUGGACCUCAGCGACGUCCCGGACGAGGAGAUGCCCCUGGUGCACGUAGCCGUGUUCAUCGAGCAACCCACACCUUUCCUGUCUGAGUUCCUACACAGGCUGACCACAAUGAACUACCCCCUAGACCGGAUCAGGCUCUUCAUUCACAACAACGUCGUCUACCAUGAGAAGCACAUCCAGGACUUCUGGCAGGAACAUCAGACUCUGUUCCCAGAUGCCCGGAUCGUGGGGCCCGAGGAGAACCUGCAGCAGGACGAGGCUCGGACGAUGGCCGUGGAAGCAUGUCGUAAGGACCCCACGUGUGAUUACUACUUCAGCAUCGACUCUGACGUGGCGCUUAUCAACCCGGACACACUGAGGAUCCUUAUCGAGGAGAACAAGCCAGUGAUUGCUCCCAUGUUGUCUCGCCAUGGUAAACUGUGGUCCAAUUUCUGGGGGGCACUGAGCCCCGAGGGGUACUACUCCCGGUCAGAAGACUACAUCGAAAUCGUCCAGGCCAAACGCAUAGGGGUCUGGAACGUUCCCUACAUCACGGGGGUGUACCUGAUAAACGGGGAGACGCUGCGCACCCGCUUGGCCCAGGUCAGCCUCUACAUGCAGGACGGCAUGGACUCCGACAUGGUUCUGUGCAGCGCCGUCCGUGACCAGGGCGUCUUUAUGUACGUGUCAAACCGGGAUGAGUUUGGCCGCCUCGUCGCCUCCACCAACUACAACACGAGCCACCUGUACCCUGACAUGUGGCAGAUUUUUGACAACCCCGUGGAUUGGAAAGAAAAAUACAUCCAUGAUAAAUACUCCGCGAUCUUCGAUGACGACACGAAUUUUAUUGAACAGCCCUGCCCUGAUGUCUACUGGUUCCCAGCCUUGUCGGACAGGAUGUGCGAUGAGCUGGUGGAGACCAUGGAGCACAACGGCCAGUGGUCGGGCGGGAAGCACAAGGAUGAGCGUCUGGCCGGUGGGUAUGAAAACGUGCCCACUGUGGACAUUCACAUGAACCAGAUCGGCUUUGAGAAGGAGUGGCUGAAGUACCUGAAGGAGUACAUAGUGCCCGUGGUCGAGAAGCUGUAUCCUGGAUACUACUCUAAGGCCCGUGCCAUAAUGAACUUCGUGGUGCGAUACCGACCCGACGAGCAGCCCUUUCUGAGACCCCAUCACGACUCUUCCACCUACACCAUCAACAUUGCCCUCAACCACAAGGGCAAGGACUUCCAGGGAGGCGGGUCCCGAUUCUUGCGGUACAACUGCCAGGUGGAGACCCCCAGGAAGGGCUGGUCCUUCAUGCACCCGGGCCGCCUGACCCACUACCAUGAGGGGCUCCCCACCACCCAGGGAACGCGCUACAUUAUGGUGUCAUUCAUCGACCCCUAGGAGCCUGGCCGGAUUCCAAACUGGAGCGGCGGCUGGCGUCCAGGACGAUAUACGGAACAUUUCAGCUGGGACGCGGUUGCUUAAAAUGCCUUCUUCCACUUGCCAUAAUGGAGUUUAGGUUGACAGGAAUAUCCUCUGGGGUGAGAUUACAGCAUUUUACAGCAAAAAAACACUGUAGCGUUGGAGAGAAAGCAGACAGCUCCAAUUUCCAUGAAAAACGACGUGACUAAAUAUUGCGACAUUUAAUGUUCUGUGGAAAAAUAUCGAGAAGUAGAAUUGGAGGGUAGUACUUGAAAUACUGGGUAUUUUUGUGGGUGUGGCUUAAUCGUGGCAUAAACUGUAUUAGCCAUGAAUUAGUGUCAGUCUAGAACAACUGUGAACCAAGUGUCCUCAGUAAUGAGCCGUUCGGCUUGUUGGUCCUGCAUAGUGGUCUUGUCAUUUCAAAGAAAACACUACAGUAGUAGCAAUUUGGGUUUGUGUUGCUAUCAUGUGUGACCUAUUAUGAGAUUUGGAUGAGCCAGGAUCCCGUUUCCCAGCAUGCCCUAGCAGUGUUGUCCUGCUUCAACUUUAGACAUCACCGUCAUUCUGACAAUCAGUUACAUCUGGGCUGCUGUACGUUCUCUCCCUCUCUCUCCCUCUCUCUCUCUCCCUCUCCCUCUCCCUCUCUCUCCCUCUCCCUCUCCCUUCAGCCCAAAGCUAGUUUUCUGGGGGGUUCAAUCUGUAUUGCACUUUCAUCGGUCUAGACAGUCAUUAGUUUGGAGAGUCAUCAUCGGGAUGUGAGAUAUCUGCAGGCCCUGUAGGCCACAUCAAAAGUGCAAUGUGAGGUUUUCCAAAUGGAUUCUUACGUGAUUUUUUUUCCAUAUCUAGCCCCAAGAUUUACUUACGUACCAGAAAGUAUUUAUUUAGUAAAAUUUAACCAAACUUCAUUCCGUGUUCCCUCUGAGACCCCAGAACACAUGGCUAAGGAUGAUUAUAAAUUAUCCUUUGUCAACGGUUUUACUUUUGUUGGUAUUUUUUGGUCUUUUUUUUAUUUGACGAAAUUUAAGUUGCCUUUCAUUCUGAAGUGGCUCGGUCAGAUUGGCAUUUGACACUCCCUGAGUAUAGAAAGAUUUAUAUAUUUCAUACGAUGCUAAAGGUGGUUAAUAUUCAGAGGAUAGUGCAGCUCAUUUGUUUAUUAAAAUAUUUUUCUAAACACAAUUUUAUGAAUUUUCCUCACAUUUUUUUUUAUAAGUCUUCAGUCAUGAAAAUGGGAUUUGCAUUAAUCAAAUAUUGUACUUCACAUGUUAGGGAAUGUUUAAAGCAUUUCAUUGGUUAUUAAUUAACUGGUCUGAUUACUAAUAUCUUGUUAUACUUCUGUGUAUUGCAAUUCUGUUUGGUUUCGUUUGUUGUCAGUGCUCUGUACAAAGUGUUAAUUUAUUUGUAUGUUUUAAAAGUCUGUUUAAAAUUGAA